CCCCAAUAUCAAUUUAAUUAGAAACAAUAAUCGACGGUUAUGAUUCGUCCAAAUAUAGGCACAAAAAUCAAUGCACCAUCUUAGAAUUUAUAGUUUAUGAUUUGGAUAAUUAGGACCUAGGGUUCACUUAUUAAGGGUUAUGGUAUAGUAUCAUGCCCAAAAAUCCUACUAAUUCGAGGUCUAGAUAGCGUUUUCAUACUCAAGGUAUGCGGUACCCCGGAUUUCACCCAAGGUACCGUAGAAGGCACCUACAUUAUAUUUAUAUUAAAAUAUUAGUUUUAGCAGCACAUUUUCUGUAGCUAUUAAGGUCUGGCUUUAUAUCGUGUAGAAAAAAAUAUAAUUUUGAUAAUUAAUUAUCAUAGUUUUUUUGCAGGCAGAUAGUCAUUUGCUUCUAAAGAAAAGUUUUUAGAGGCUAAGAAAAUAGUUGUUGUUGCUUCUUCAUUUUAAACGAGCUAAAUUGACAAAUAGUUGAUCUCAGGGCUAUGGUGAAUUAUGUGUGGCAGGAAUCUGUCCAAGGUACUCUUAUGUUCCAACUAUGAGAAAAACUUAAGAAGCUUCGACAUUUGCUCUAUGAUUGGAGUAGGGCGGGUACCACAAACUCUCUCCGCAAUAUCAAAACUCUACAAGCUGAAAUUGAUCGGAUUAAAGCUCUUCACCCCAGUAACUAGGAUGAAGUGCGGAUCCUUGAAAUGGAAUUCAAUAGGCAAUGGGAAGCGAAGGAGGUUUACUGCAGCAAAAGUCUCUGGGUCCGAUGGUUAAAAAAGAGUGAUAAAAAUACUUCGUAUUAACAUACGGUCACGAGGGCUCGUAGAAAACAGAAUUCUGUGUCCGGCCUGCGAAAUGAUAAUGGAGAAUGGAUCACUGAGGAGAAUGGGAAGGCAGACAUUGCUAGUACUUUCUAUCAGAAUCUCUUCACCUCUGAGAACCAUGUGCUCAACACGGAUGAACGUGUGGCUGCUCUUCCCAUUGCUCAUAGUGUUACCCCGGAAAUGAAUGACAUUCUUACGACUGAGGUUCUUCCUAAACGAAGUGCGGAGAAUGGUCUUCUCAUUGGGAUCAAAACAGGCCCCGGGAUCCGAUGGGUUCACUGGAAAAAAUUUAAAUCCUUCUGGGACAUUGUUGGUAACUCGGUGAUUGAAGUUUUCUUCUCAUUCUUCGCAACUAGUAGAAUGCUCCGGAGAUUUAAUCAUACAUGGUUGACCUUAAUUCCAAGGUGGAUAAUGUUGAGACUAUGUGGCAACUUCGUCCAAUCAGCCUUUGCUAGUUUGUUUACAAGAUCAUUACUAAAAUCAUGGCUGAAAGGCUUGCUGGCCUCUUACCUCAGAUUGUCUCAGAAGGACAAAAUGCUUUCAUCCGUGAGAGGCAAAUUGUUGAUAAUAUUCUCAUUGGUCACAAGUUAAUGCAUUAUUUGAAAAUCAAAACACGCGGUAAGAAAGGGUACAUGGCUCUAAAGGUUGACAUGGAAAAGGCAUAUGACAGAGUCCAAUGGCCUUUUCUGCUAGCGGUUUUGGAGAAAAUGGGCUUUAACUUCGUCUGGAGAGGAUGGAUACAUGAAUGCCUACAAUCAACAUCGUUUUAAGUCCUCAUGAAUGUCACUCCUUCGGGAUUUUUCACACCUUCCAGGGGACUCCGGCAAGGGGGCCCCCUCUCUGCUCUUCUGUUCGUGAUCUGUAAUGAGGGGUUUGCGACUCUCCUAAGAAAAGCAAUAGAGGCUGGGAAACUGGAAGGGGUGAAAGUAUGCCCUCGCGCUCCUCGUAUUUCUCAUAUGUAUUUUGCGGAUGAUUCUUAUUUAUUCCUUCGAGGUUCUCUCACGAAUGAGAGGAUUUGAUCGAAGUGUUAAAUGAGCAUGAGGAACUGAGUGGCCAGAGGGAGAACUUAGCAAAAUCGGCAGUAUGUUUUAGCAAGAAUGUUGCCCUACCAGAUCAAGAGUUCUUGGCUCGGAUUUUGGGAGUCGGGGCAGUAGGAGUUCAUGAUAAAUAUCUGGGGUUACGUACCCUGAUUGCCCGUUCGAAAAUGGCUACCUUUCGCUACUUGGAGGAGAAAUUGAUGGAGAGAUUACAGAGUUGGAAGUAGAGGACGUUAUCAUGGACUGCUAAGGAAACCUUGAUCAAAUCCAUCGCCUUAGCAUUGCUGUUGCAUGUGAUGUCAUGCUUCAAGUUACCUCUAUCUCUGUGUCGACUCUUGGACAAACAUGUAGCCCGCUUCUGAUGGGGUAUGGAAGAUGGUCAGUCGAGGAUUCGGUGGAGUUCCUAGCAGAAUAUGUGUAGGAGCAAACAUGAUGAGGUAUGGGAUUUCACAGAUUUAAGCAUUUUAAUCAGGCGUUAUUAGCCAUAAUCGCAUGGCAUAUCCUUAAUGAACCUCAACCUCUUUUAGCCCAAGUGUACAAAGGAAAAUAUUUUCCGAAGGGGACCUUUCUCCAAGCCAAGGCCUGCUCUCGCCCAUCCUGGGGGUGGCAGAGUAUCCUCUAUGGGCGGCAGUUACUGGAUAUGAGGUUACGAUGGCAAAUUGGCAAUGGUCAGACUACGUCUCUUCUUCAUUCCAGCUGGAUACCUCAGUUGCAUCCCUACCCUCCAAUGUAUAAUUCCCAGGUGCUUCCCAAUGGGGUGACCCUCCGGUUGCCGAGAUUAUCUGCUAGGGGGAGGGCGUUGGUAUGACAUCAAGUCGGGGUUGUGGUUUGAUCCGCCUACUUGUCGGGCCAUCAAAGCUAUUCCUCUUCCGUGCCAUAAUGUGGAUGAUAGACUUAUCUGGCAAGGCGCGACUGAUGUGGUUUUCACUGUUAAAUCCGCCAGCCAUUUUGCUGUCUCUCUUGAUAAGCGGAAUGGUCAUUGGAGGUCUAUGGCUAGCUGGAUGGAUAGGGCCAGUUGGAUUCGUAUAUGGGAGGCCAAUAUUCCACCCAAAUUGAAAGUGUUUGUCUGGCAAAUCUUUCAUAGAAUCCUUCCAACUACUGAAGCUUUCAUUGAGAAGGAUGUCCUUAUGUUUCCUCGAUGUCUGGUGUGUUGGAGUGAGUCAGAAACAAUGGAACAGUUGUUUCUUGACUGCCCAGUAGCACGCACCCUUUGGGACUACUAAAGUCUGGAGCAUCUUGGGAAAGGGUUACCUCGGCAUACUUUCCCACUGUUCCUAAAAAGGUUGAUGUCCUUAAUACAUCAACCUUCUCUUUUCAUGCCGGUUGUUGCUAUCUUAUAGAGGAUUUGGAGGUCCCGUAAGUGGGUUGUCUUUGAGGGUAAAUGGUUUGAGAUCCCUGCCUUGAUGCGCCAAUUUAACCAACAAUGUCAGGAGUGGGAAAGUUUGUCGGUGGAUCGCAUAACUCAAGUUCCAUUUCCUUUGAUACAACCAUGGGUCCUGGAGGAGUCUAAUAUGGUUGUUUGUAUGUGGGAUGGGGCUACAAGUAUUGGGUCUCACUCGGCUGGCGGGAUGGUUCUUCUGAACCCCAAUAGGGAGGUUCUUAUGGUUCAGGGUAUUCAGUUUCUGUUGAUUGAUGAUCCUUUGGUGGUUGAGAUGCUCGCGCUCCGGGAGGCUAUUUUAUGGUGUCUGGAUCAUGGCUUCACGGAAGUGAGGUUCGAACCAGAUGCUAAAGUAGUCAUUAAAAAGAUCAAUUAGGCGGAUACCAGAGAUAAUAGGAUAGGGGCUAUUCUUGAAGAAAUUGUGCAGUGCUUUGACGCUCACUCUGGGUUUAGUGUUCUAUUUGUAGGUCGACGCAGCAAUAGGGUAGCUCAUGCAGUGGCUAGAAAUGUCCUUAAUUUGUAUCCGACUAUGAGUCGGUUCUAUGAUUUUCAGACCUGGCUGAACUCGAGACUAUAAGUGUCUCUCUUUGAAUCAAUAUGAUUACCUUUUGUCAAAAUAUAAAAAGUUGUAUUCUUCAUUUUAAAAUGAGCUAAAUUUACAAAUAAUUGGUUUGAUAAUUAUAAUGGUAACCAUUUGAACACCCUAGGGGUCGUUUGCUUGUUGGAUUUGAAAAAUGAGGGUUUUGGCCAAUAAAAACCUUGAGAUUUAUGUUGGAUUUAUUGAGUUAUGGAUUUGAAGAGUCUAAUGUUUGCAUGAUAGAUUUCAUGAUGGAUUUGUUAAAUAAAUAACUAACCAUCAAGGAUUUCCAAAUCCCAAAUCAAUAUGUGGGAUUUACAAGUCCGUAGGGUCCAAAAAUUUGGUUCCAAAAUAAAGACCAAAUCCGUGAACCCCACGGAUUUAGCACCCUUCAACAAACAAUGGACUUAGGUUAAAUCCAUCAAACUUGGAAUUUGGGUACCAAAUCCAUUACCCAAAUCCAACAAGCAAACAACCCCUAACCAAAUGUGUGUUUUUAUUUUUUCCCAUUUCCUUUUGAUUCGCUGCUCUACUUCAAAAAAUUAAAACAGCUAUUCGUUAAGUGAACGGCUAUUUGCCGCCAAUCAAAUUGCUAUUUGCCGCCAACUAAAAAAAAAAAAAAAGAAUUCAAAAUUUGAAUUUUCUAUUCCUUCCCAGUGCCUCCGUCGCCGGUAAAAAAAAAAAUUUUAAUUUUGAAUUUUCCCUUCCUUCCCAGUGCCUCCGUCGCCGGCACCGUUCUUCCGUCGUCGGCUAACCUCCCGUCGCCCUCAAUCGUCGGAAAACAAGUAAGUUUACUUUUUCCGGCCAGUUUUCCAGUUUUCCGGUAAGUUUUCCAGUUUUCCGGCGAAAAACACGGCGGGCCGAAAAAAAUUGCGGCCCGAACGUCGCCGAGCCGAAAAAAAUUUGUGGCCGGGACGACGGCCGGCCGAAAAAUUCUUUCGGCCCGGGGACGCCACGGCCGCAAAUUUUUUUCGGCCGGUCGCCGAACACGCCGGCCAAAAAUUUUCCGGCGGCGUGUUCGUCGGCCGGCCGAAAAAAAUUUGCGGCCGGAGCGACGUCGGGCCGAAAGAAUUUUUUUCGGCCGGUCGCCGAACACGCCGGCCAAAAAUUUUCCGGCGGCGUGUUCGUCGGCCGGCCGAAAAAAAUUUGCGGCCGUGGCGUCGCCGGGCCGAAAGAAUUUUUCGGCCGGCCGUCGUCCCGGCCUCAAAUUUUUUUCGGCUCGGCGACGUUCGGGCCGCAAUUUUUUUUCGGCCCGCCGUGUUUUUCGCCGGAAAACUGGAAAACUUACCGGAAAACUGGAAAACUGGCCGGAAAAAGUAAACUUACUUGUUUUCCGACGAUUGAGGGCGACGGGAGGUUAGCCGACGACGGAAGAACGGUGCCGGCGACCGACGAUUGACUUGCCUCGCGCCCGAUCUUCGUCCAAUCGACCCCGAACUCGCUAGAAAUCCAUAAUGAAAUUCAUAAGUUCAU